CCAAGUCCACCGCCACCAAGGCACACCAAUUCCAUCAUCCUCCGCCGUCUCGCGUUCCUCCGCCGUCAUGCCUUCCGAGGCCGUUUGUUUCCUCCUCCUCCUAUUACUCUCCCUCCUCACCCCGCCCUCCCAUGGCCGGAGCAUCCCUCGCCGGAGCAUCCCUCGUCGCCACUGGAUCCCCUCCACUAACGAUUCCCCUGUCUACCUCUGGCCCCUUCCCAAGCAAUUCAACCACGGCGAUGGUAUCCUCUGCGUGGAUCCUGACCUAUCGCUCGACCUCCAGGUACCCGGAGACUACUUAGAAAUCGUAUCUGAUGCGUUCGAGAGGUAUAAAGAUCUGAUUUUUACGCACUGGGAGAGGUCCGCUCGCCGGAGCUCCGCAGAGUACGAUGUCGCGAAGAUGACGGUGAUCGUUUCUUCAACUAAUGAUACGCUUCAAUUCGGUGUCGAUGAGAGCUAUAUGCUAUACGUGGGUAGAGGAGAUGGGCUUUCAGUUGUUAAAGGAGCUACGAUCGAGGCUAAUACUAUUUACGGGGCUCUGCGAGGCUUAGAGACUUUCAGUCAAUUAUGCAUACCCAACUACGAAAAUAAAAGUGUUGAAAUUCAGAAAGCGCCAUGGUCCAUCAAAGACGAACCUCGAUUUAACUUCCGAGGGCUUCUAAUCGACACCUCACGGCAUUACUUACCUGUGAAUGUGAUUAAGCAAGUGAUUGAUGCUAUGUCCUAUGCUAAACUUAAUGUUCUUCAUUGGCACAUUUUAGAUGAAGAAUCAUUCCCUUUAGAGGUACCUUCAUAUCCAAAUUUGUGGAAAGGUUCUUACUCAAAGUUGGAGCGAUACACAAUUGAAGAUGCUUAUGAAGUUGUUGACUUUGCAAAGAAAAGAGGAAUCCACAUUAUGGCUGAAGUUGAUGUCCCUGGGCACGCUGAAUCCUGGGGUUCUGGUUAUCCUGAUCUAUGGCCUUCUGCUAAUUGUACAGAGCCCCUGGAUGUGAGCAAAAAUUUUACUUUCGAAGUAAUUUCUGGAAUUUUGUCUGAUAUGAGAAAGAUCUUUCCAUUUGAACUUUUUCACUUGGGGGGAGAUGAAGUCCAUACUGAUUGUUGGUCUUCAACUCCUCAUGUCAAGCAAUGGCUUCAGGAGCGAAACAUGACUAAUAAGGAAGCAUACCAAUAUUUUGUAUUGAGGGCUCAGAAGAUAGCUGCAGAUCUUGGUUGGAUUCCUGUUAACUGGGAAGAGACAUUCAAUACAUUCAACAAAAGCCUCAAUCCACAGACUGUUGUACAUAAUUGGUGGGGUCCUGGAGUCUGUCCAGAAGUGGUUGAGAAGGGUUUUAGAUGUAUUGUAAGCAACCAAGGUGUCUGGUAUCUUGAUCAUCUUGAUAUCCCAUGGGAGGACUUCUACACCAAUGAGCCAUUAGAAGGGAUAAACAAUACGGCACAACAGAAUCUUGUGCUUGGUGGUGAAGUUUGCAUGUGGGGAGAGAUGGCUGAUACAUCUGUUGUUCAGCAAACAAUCUGGCCUCGUGCUGCUGCAGCUGCAGAGCGCUUGUGGAGCCCCUUGGAGUCAACCUCCACCGGUAACCUCAACACCACCGUGUUGCCGCGCUUACAUUACUUCAGAUGUUUGUUGAACCGCCGAGGAAUAGCUGCUGCUCCAGUGACCAACAAGUAGAGAUGUAGAGAUGUCGGAGAUACAUGGAGUGACUUGGCCUGUGGCAGCAGAACUUUGAGCGUUGGUGCGAUCAUUGCAGGCAGUUGUCAUCUGGAUUCAGCAUAAGUAGCCAGAUUAAGCCGGGAACAGUUGUUGAAGUGGUGGUGAUGAUGAUGAUGAUGGCGAGGUGAUGAUGCUAAGGUGGGGGUGUUGUCCAAUCCUUGGGGACGGGUUGUGAGAGAUGUCUGAGGUGAGUAUAAUCAUCUUUUAUUAUAAUCAUCUUUGUCCGAUCCAUGCCAUGUGUUCCAACUUGAACGGCGUGGCUUGACCUAUGCAUACUAGAGGAAAAUGUUAGAGGAUGUCAGAAUUAUUCAACAAUGUGCGAGUAGUGAUAAAGUUGGGAAAGCAAAACUGACUAAAAAUUGUGAAGAGAGAUUCUAAACUAUUAGAUGAUACAUGCACUUACUUAGGUACUUAUAGGUGUAGAUCAUGACUACCCUCGUCGAGGUGUUUGAGAAAAUAGAAACUGUUUUGACUAUUUCUCAACUUAAUUAUCAUUAAUUAUGUUAACCUUGAUCUUGAUCCGACUUACCCAGAUCGCUAGAUAACAUCUUCUAUCAGUUGUCUAGAAGCAGCUUCGGUCACCUGCAUGCUUCGGUCUUCCUGACCUAGCUAUGGUCGUGCCUAGAACUAUCGAACUUUGCUUCCCUGCAAUAGUUGCACGUAAUGAGUAUGAUAUAAGAUCUUAAAUUACUCGUACUUACUUUGGGUCUAAAUAUUCGACUCCCAGCUGACCCAUCCAAAUUGACUUGUCAAGCUAUAGCUCCUAGUUGAUUCCAUUUGAAAUUUUUUGUCAAGCAUUUAGCUUCCAGCUGACUCCACUUGGACUUUUGUGUCAAACCUUUAACUUCUAGCUAAGUCCACUUGAACUUAAUCCACCUUGUUCUCAACUAAGAUUUUCUUGUUGGUUCCCAACUAAGAUUUAGUUCAUUCUUGAUUUCCAAUCAGGACUUCGGUCAUUACCUAGUUCCACUAGGACUUAGUCACAUGUUCAUGCACAUUUGAUAUCAACUUGUUAGAUCUUAACAAACUUAUUUUUAACCUUAGUCGUACAUUAAAACUUUGGGUUUAAUAUUGUACUCCCAGCACCUACAAAACCUUGGCUUUGGGACAUCAUUAGCUUACCUCAGUUCUUCUUGACCUACUAGGACAUAAGUCAAAGUAUUUAAUUUCUAAUUUACUUAGCUUCAUAUUUGUUUCUUAACCUACUUUGACUUCCGUAUGUUAAGUAUUCAAUCCUCGACCUACUAUGUAGUCCAGUUGCUCAGUAUUCAAUCCUUGAUCUACUAUCAUUAUUGAACCUACUAUACAUGUUAAAUUCACUUGGGGCCCUGGGGUUAUGGUGCAGUGGAUGGGCGUCUAAUUGUCACCCAGACAUCCAUGAUUUGAUUCCUAGCUACGACGUAUUUACAAAGAUUUUUUCUCUAAAUAAGACUUGCAAUCAAGGGAUGUUGGGCUUUUGGGUUGCUCGUCGCGAGCACCGAUUUAUCCUUGAGGUCUGUGGGAAACUUCCGUGAGAUCAGAUCGAUCAUCUUGGAUUCGACAUUACAUGACCUGAUUAAUUAUUUUAAAUUCACUUGGGUACUUGACACAUAAAAUCAUGACAUCAACUUAAAGUUUGCUCAAACACCAAAAUCAUAUGCUUAGGAGUAUGAUCACACCAACAAUUAGUACAAUAACGCUUAUCUAUAGAUCAUGUACCUUUGGAUGUUUUUGCCCACAAUUAACCUAAAUUGAACAAUUUUAGAGAACUAAAAAGUUUUAGUUUUAUUCAUUUGUCUAAAAUUGACACUUUAAGCUUGUAUCUACAACAGCUUUGAAACACUUGUAAUUUAGUGCAAAUACUAAUUA